AUGUGCUACGACGCAUAUAUUCGUCUUCUGACUUGUCUUGACAUACUACUCGAGGCCAGCAAUCUAGACCCGAAAGAAGCAUCUGAUUCUCUGCUUCUGCUACGGCGGCAACCUGUCCUGACGACAUCUAGUCCCAGCAUAGCUUAUGCCGCUGAGAGUUCAUUUGCUUCGCAAGCACACUCAGGCGAGCAGAAUUUAAUAGAUGACGAAGAACAGCGCGUGCAUUUAGCUAGGCAUACCUUGCGUGAUGUUCUAUGUGAUGUAAUCAUCAAGUCGGAAGACGUUAUCGCCCACUUCGAGGAGCAUCAGCCUGGUUUAUGCACUCUGAAUGUCGAUCAGUAA